UUAUAGUACACAAAAGACGUGGGAUUGAAUUUGAAAAUAGCAGCAGGCAAUUGGUUCAUCCAAAAUUAGUAAAUAACCAACUUCAUUCUGGUACUAAAAUAUAUAUAUACGAAUUGGUGUCAAUUAUUAAUAAUAUUAGCGCCCAGUAUGAUGAGAAAUCUUGAUGCGUGUUUAUGAGAUCCAAUUGCUUCUUACGUCAUAGUAGUAGGGAAACAAGUUGAUUUCUAGUUCGUCUCACAGCAAACCAAAUUUUUAACAUCGUGUUUAUUGACACAUCUACAGGCACAGGCUACCUCGGCUCUGUCACGAGGAUUCAACUUUCAGAUAAUAGCUCUCGUCGUAUCUGUAGUUGGUGUGACCAAUGAUUAUUACAAUUUUGUGUCUGAGCGAAAUUCAUUAUCAUUUCUAAACUUCCAGUUACGUAUAGCUAGCAUCCUAUCUUAACUUGAAGAAUGCCUCCUAUACGCAAAAAAGUUUUCAUAAUCAUUAUCGCAGCAUUUUCGGGAUUGUUACUGGUUGAAAGAUUGUACAUUGCAAAAAGCUACACUAACAUGAGAUCGUUGGCUGAAGACUCCGUGUUAAGUAGAACAGCAGCAACAACCCCGACUCGUUGUCAAGUAUCAUCUGCCGAGGAUGAAGUAAUAAGUAGAGAUUCUUUGACGUCCGAAACGCAAAACAGGAUAAAACAAAGAAAACAAGCGUUGGUUGAUAGUUGUAAUAAACUUGACCAUGGUAAAAUCUCUUCAUAUGAAGAAUUUUAUCUCAAAAACACCAUUUUAAAAACAAGCCUGUUUUAUUCGGAUAAACAUAAAAUUUUGUUCUGUUCAAUACCAAAAUGCGCUACUCGCAGCCAGGCAAAUUUUCUUGCAAACAUCGAAGGAAUUAUAGACGAAAAGCUUGCAAACGAAUCGGCUUCUGAAUAUAUCGAAAGACGACUCUCUGUGCGGAACUUGAACGUUUCGGAAGUUGCAAAAAGGAUUAAAAAUUAUACAAAAUUCAUUAUAGUACGGGAACCAUUCAGUCGUUUACUUUCAGCAUUCCGAGACAAGCUCGAAAGAAAAAGAGGUAAUGGCUAUUACGUAGGACUAUCCCACAGAAUCCAUGCUCAAUACGGCAAUGGUACCGGUAACGAGACGGGGAUAACCAAAACUAGUCUACAGGAUUUUGUGGAAUAUCUUACAGCUAAAAGAGACAAUCAACAAGAUCCACAUUGGAAUUAUUAUUACAGACUUUGUUCUCCUUGUGAUAUACAAUACGAUUACAUUGCACACAUGAGCACCCUCGACACUGACAUGGAAUAUUUUAUGAAACAAUUCAGGAUGAAAAAUGUUGUUUUUCCACCAUCUUUCAAUUCUUUUACGGACGGAGAAAAAGUUUAUAACUAUUUCAGUAACGUUUCAGCAAGUUCAGUGAACCUUCUUUAUCAUAGAUACAAGACUGAUUAUGAUAUAUUUGGAUUUUCUCCGCCACCACAAUUUUAAUAUUUUUUUUAAAUAUUCAAUUUGAUUUGUAAUCUAUCUUCAUUAUUACUAAAGAACAUUUAAACGUAAAGAAAGGAUGUUUCAUGAUAUAUAUUCUACCAUUUUUUCUGUAUCAUAUAUAAUGAAAUUUAUGUAACAAAUUGUUCAUUAUUGUUUUCCUAAAUCGUAUAAUCGCUUGCCCUAAUUUCUUCAAAUAUAUAUUGUUUGUGCGUUGAAGCAAUGACAUUAUUAUCAUUGGUUGAAGUGUGAAAAUAUCACACAGACGAAAUUGGUGUUUACUGCACAUAUUUGAACUUAAAGGAUAUUAUGAAAUUAUGCAUUUUAGCUACUUUUUUUUAUAUAUGUGAAAAUAAAAUUUUCACAGUUUC